GGCACAGCGGGCGGUGCUGGGGCGCGGUGCGGGCGGUGCGGGCUGUUCCCAUGGCGGCCGAGCAGCGACGCGCUGAGCUCCGUGUCCCCGCAUCAUGACGGAGCUGCACCAGGCCGUGGCCGCGGGGCGAUACGCGCGGGCGGAGCGGCUGCUGCGGGCGGAGCGCUGCGAUCCCAACCAUAAGGACCCGGACUGGGCAGACUGGACCCCGCUGCACUGGGCCGCUGCCAGGGGGCACGUGUCGAUGCUGCGCCUGCUGCUGGGCCGCGGGGCCCGGCCGUGCCUGCGUAACGCUGCGGGAUGGACCCCGGCGCACUGCGCGGCGCAGGCGGGGCGGCUGGCAGCGCUGCGAGCCCUGCACGCCGUGCACGCCCCGAUGGACGCGGCAGAUCCCUUCGGGGACACCCCCAGGAGACUGGCCGAGAUCUACGGGCACAAAGAGUGCGUCAGCUUCCUGCAGACGGCAGAAGCAGAGUGCAGAAACUACCGCCAGGCGGCCGCGGUGAGUGGAAUGCCUUUGGACCAGGUGGAUGAAGACUGGGAACUCAAGAAAGAGGAGCUGAUGAGAAACCCACCGUGUGCCCGGCACAGCUGUGCAACCUCUGCUCAGAAGAAGAUCCAGAGGAAGAGAAGGAAGCUGUAGUGUCAUCAUUUGGGGCUGCUGGCAACUCACGGUGCGGAGCUGAGGCACCGGAGCAUCGCAGGGGAGACCUGGAUGGGCAGCAGCAGAGAUGGCUGCCAGGACGUGUCUCUGAUGUGCUGCACUGUUGUGGUCAGGGGUGUGUGGGAGUGCUGCCUGUCUGGGUGUCUGUGUGCAUCAGGCCUCAAAUAUCAGAACACUGCAGAAGGUGUUUAAAUAAACAGAUGCUCUAAUUCAAGAAAAAA